UCCAAUCAGUUCGGUUUGAAAGUUAAUCAGUGACGGACGUGUUCCACUUGUUAUCUGUUGUCAACAGGUGUUGUCGAGUUAUAAAGUUUUAAAUCUUGUGAAUUUUUUUUAUUGUUUUUUUUUUCGAAUCAAAAACAAUUAAAAAAAGUGCAUCAACAUGGCCAAGUAUACGUAUAUGAAUGGUUUUGGUUCGCAUUUCUCGUCGGAGCAUUCUGACUAUCCGAAUGCAUUGCCCGAAGGACAAAAUAGUCCACAAAAAUGUGCUUAUGGUCUGUAUGCCGAGCAAUUAAGUGGGACCGCAUUUACUGCACCACGAACUACAAAUCAACGCAGUUGGCUGUAUCGUAUCCGCCCGUCUGUAUUGCAUGAGCCGUAUGAGAAGUUUUUAUCGGCACCUUAUGUAACGAAUAAUUGGUCGGAACAACAUCCAAACCCGAAUCAAAUGCGCUGGAAACCAUUCGAAUUAAAUGAUGCAACGAAAAAAUGCAAUUUUGUCGAAGGAUUACAUACAGUAUGUGGCGCCGGCGAACCGACGACGAGACAUGGCAUUGCAAUUCAUAUUUAUUUAUGUAAUCAGUCGAUGAAUGACUGCGCAUUUUACAACAGUGAUGGUGAUUUUUUGAUUGUACCGCAAAAGGGGACACUAGAGAUAAAAACCGAAUUUGGUUGUAUGACAUGUGCACCGAAUGAAAUAUGCGUCAUUCAACAAGGAAUUAAAUUUUCGGUUGCCGUUUCUGAACUAUCUAGGGGUUACAUUUUAGAAGUAUACGAUAAUCACUUUACUUUACCAGAUUUGGGUCCGAUUGGGGCAAAUGGUCUUGCCAAUCCACGAGACUUUCAAACUCCAACCGCAUGGUUUGAAGACAUCGAUGGCAUAAACUAUAAAAUCAUUGCAAAAUAUCAAGGCGCAUUGUUCCAGGCAAAAACAAAUCAUUCUCCAUUCGAUGUAGUCGCUUGGCAUGGAAAUUAUGCACCAUAUAAAUAUGAUUUGGCCAAAUUUAUGGUCAUUAAUUCGGUUAGCUUCGAUCAUUGUGAUCCAAGUAUUUUCACGGUACUUACAUGUCAAAGCCAUAGAAUCGGUACGGCAAUUGCCGAUUUUGUAAUAUUUCCACCUCGUUGGUCAGUUCAAGAAAACACAUUCAGACCACCAUAUUAUCAUCGUAACUGUAUGAGUGAGUUUAUGGGCUUGAUUUUGGGUCAGUAUGAAGCGAAGCAAAGUGGUUUUAGCCCAGGCGGGGCCACAUUACAUUCAAUGAUGACUCCACAUGGUCCAGAUAAGGCAUGUUUCGAAGGAGCAUCAAAUGCCGAGCUGAAGCCUGAAAAAAUUGCAGUCGGAAUGCAAGCCUUUAUGUUCGAAUCAUCGCUCAGCAUGGCAGUUACGAAAUGGGGCGAAGAAACAUGUAUGAAGUUAGACAAGAACUACUACGAAUGCUGGCAAAAUCUGCAAAAACAUUUUAAAAAAUAAUCUCUUUCUACAACCGAAAUUCUCUUUGAAAUGCAUUUUAUUUUGAAAAUUAUUUUAUCGACAAUAAUUUAAAGACGUAAAAAACUUAAACGUCGUUUCUAAUUAUACCUACUGUUUGUGAAAACAAAAAUAAAUCACAAUGCAAACCCAUAA